AUGGAGCCUCCGCCUCAGCGCCGAACUGGUCUACGGUCGCCGGUUCCUCCUGCCUCCGUCUCUCCGAAUCCAUCCCGUUCAGCCUCGAAACAAAGCAACCGACCAGGUUCCAGUGGAAGUGACACGUCCGCGUCUUCCAACCUGUCUGUUGUGAAAAGAUCUCCCUACUCCCAACAAUUACCUACAUUCGUGUCUCACAACAACAAUAGCAAUGCUUCUCUACCAUCUCACGCGAGGCCGUCUGCGUCAUACAUGCCCAGGGAUGGCGCUGGAAAACAAAGCCUAGCACCUCCUGUGGAACUUCAGAAACAUCGUCCUCGCCAACAUUCACAAGGCUAUUUCGAGCCAUCGAUGCCCUCUGCUUCUCUUGCGAGCCAGUCCGCCCUUCAUGACCACACAGGCAUGCCUGGACUUACCCCUUCCCAGAUUGCGGCCCAGGCCGCCAUGCAGCAUCUCAAUGCUACGAAUCACAGCCGAAAAAGAUCUCAAACCGUCCCUUUCCCCCCCGAGCAGAACCAGCAGGAGAGCCGCCGUGACAGUCGAGGGUCUACAGGAUCACAUGAUGGCCAGUCGCCAACAGCGAGCGCACAGGACCAACAAUAUCGAAACGGCUUGAUCGGCAGCAAUGCUGCCGCAACCGCGGCUAGUGUAGUAUUCCCUCGGAAUUUCGCGUCGUCCAGCCAGGUAUCAUUGGCAGAAGAGGAGAAAUCAAAGAAAGGUUUGAAGAGGUUCAGGCCAAAACACAUGGUGCUGUCGAGGGACAAAGACAAGGAACCCAAAGAGAAGUCUCUGCCUUCCCCGAACAGACUUGCACCAAGUGGUCUGUCUAAGGUUAUGAAUGCUUCGACGACGAGUCUGGCAGAUUCACUCUCCUCCAAUAACUCAUCGCUUUACCAGCUCAACAAUCCGUCAUCAGCAACCAUUGUACCAAUCCCAGAGCAGAAGGACAAAUCACACAAGCAUCAUGGUCUCCGGCAAAAGCUCAAACUAAAGGACAAGGACGACACUUUCGCACUUCCUCUCUCGUCGGCAAAUUCAAACUCGAGGCCGGUGGAUAUCAACAAUCCCCAAUCCCUGUAUUCCUUCGCCCCAUCCUCGCCGGCCCCAUCUUCGACAUUCUCCAAAUCCGUUUCCGGACUUGAUCUCCGCCAUGGAGGUCGUGCUUUGAGGGAGAAGAAGAAGGAGGAAAAGGCUCAGGCACUAGCCGGCCUUGAGCCUGCCUAUAGUCGGGGCGAAAGCGACACGUCUGAGUGGCCUUCCCUGGGCACCAGCUUUACAAAUCAAUCAAUAACCAAUUUCAACUCGUACUAUGAAGUCAAAGAAGCUGGGGCGAAUUUUGGCCUCUCGAACAUGUCGGCCGACGAUGCAUGGGAUCUCUUAAGAGCAAAGAUUCUCGUGGCUUUCGAAGGGGAGGACGUGCGGAUUGCCGUGGAGGACCUGAAUAAACUCGUGACGAUCCACGUGCAGAGAUGCGUACAAAAGAGAGACCCCAGCAUCGUUAUUGGUGAUUUGGAAGACCUCUUGAAGACCGGCUUUCUUAGCCUCAAUCACACCUUGCGUCAAGUGUCGGAUGAUAGGAUUGUCCCCCAUUUGGUGAGCAUGUGGAUGCAGGUUUUUGGCACCAUCCUGCCUUUCAUGCAAGCCGUCUUUCUUCCGCUCGAUCAAGAGUUCAAAGGAAGAGGCAGCAUACUGACAAGCCCAAGAAUGGCGGCAGAAUUCUGGGGGGCUCUUCCCAGUGCAGAGAGUGGCGGCAAGCUAUCCUCGUCCCCAGCCGUCGGCAAUGGGACCGACUUUGUGGUCGCUGCGGGAGAAGAACUAGAAGUCAGACGCAUCCUCCUGAUCAUAUAUCGAGAUAUCAUCAUCCUUCCGCGAUUUGAGGUCCUGAAGGCCACUUUCUCACGAUUGAGUCUCGAGAGCAUUAAUGCGACCCUCGCACAUUUUGAGAGCGGUGAUAGGAACCGUGGGAACAGCGGCAGCAGCGAUAGACCUGGCACUGCACAAGGAAUCGAGCCGACGUAUGGUAGCUUCAACUCUCAGACGAGUACGCUACUUGGGAGCAUGACCUCCGGCGGGAGGUCUCGCGCAACCUCCAAUCUCUCCGUUGUGAGCAACCCGGCCCAAGAUGUGGCAUUCCAGACGUUCAGCUCUCCACCAGCAGCGAGACCAACGGAUAGCUCGUCAGCACAAGUGACUGAAAUUGUUGGCCGGAUGCUCCAGUGUCUUUCGGUUUUGUGUUCGGUCCAGACAGGAGACGAUGCUCAAACCAAAAUGGAGGAACUCAAUAAGCAGUUGAAAUUGAAUUGGCUGGGACGAGGCCGAACAGGCCGGAACCGAAAGGGCUUCGUUGGAAGUAGGGUCAGACCUAUGGGAAGCGCGGGUUCUGUGCUCCGUGGACUUGAUCGUGAUGGAAGUCCUACGCCAACACCGACCAGACAAGGGACUGUGAGCAGGCAAGGCGAUGAUGGUGGCUGA